CCUGCCGAGCGUGCACUCCGACGAGGGAGCUCAACUAUGUGGUAUUUUCUUGUUCGAAAACCGUUACAGUGAGUGGACUAUGGUCGGUUUGGAAGCUUUUGAAGGAUUAACUCUGGUUACUGCCGAAGCGUCGCUGACACUGUGUGUCAUCUGAAAUCAAAAGAAGUCCUCAAGCUAUGUCGGUGGCAGUUCAAGCUACCGUGUCCAAGGCACCUCUCCCUCUUCCAACCUACUUCUCCCUGGCAGAACAAUCCUUCUCACUAAAAAAGCGCAGGCACCCGUUUACCUCGUCAUCCGGGUCCAACUCCUCAUGCUCUUUUCCCGCCGAACUCUCCCAUUCUCUACCGCCGCUGACACCGACCAAAGGAUGUCCUUCUCUGAGCAGAGUGUUCCCCCAGCAGGAAUCGCCAUGGACACCACUGUCGAAUUCGCUCAGUACAUCUCCUCCUAAUUCUGUCUACGAUCCAAGUAAACAUCUGUCUUAUUUCAACCAGUGCUUCACUAAUUUGGGCCUUGUGGGAAGAGGCUGCUUUGGAGAAGUUUACAAGGUGCAAAGUAAAAAAGAUGGCCGCCUGUACGCAGUCAAGCGCUCCACUCAUCGCUUUCGGGGCAAAAAUGAGAGGAACAGAAGUGUGAGGGAGGCCAUGAACCACGAGCGCAUCUGUCCUCAUUCCCACAUCCUGGAUUUUGUGGCGGCCUGGGAGGAAGCCGGGCGACUCUACAUCCAGACGGAGCUGUGCAGCACCAGCUUGCUGCUUCACGCUGAGAACAAACCUCCAGGCACUGACGAGCCUGCAGCAUGGGCGUACUUGUGCGACCUCCUCUCAGCACUGGAACACUUGCACUCUCUUGGUUUUGUGCAUCUGGACCUCAAACCCGCCAACGUUCUCAUCACAGAUUCAGGUCGACUCAAGCUGGGGGACUUUGGGCUUUUACUGGAGCUCAACCACUCAAACCCUCAGUCGCCGUAUUUGAAGACAAAGGAGGAUUUCCAGGAAGGAGAUCCUCGGUACAUGGCGCCUGAGCUGCUGAGGGGAGAGUAUGGACCUGCUGCAGAUGUCUUCAGUUUGGGUGUUUCCAUUCUGGAGCUUGCUUGUAAUAUUGAGGUUCCAAACGGGGGUGAAGGAUGGCAGCAACUCAGACAGGGCCAUCUCCCCUCAGAGUUUGCAAACGGCUUGUCCACUGAACUCCAGUCAGUCUUGCGGAUGAUGCUGGCUCCGGAGCCGUCUCAGAGACCCACCGCCUCCGACCUUCUAUCCCUUCCCUCUGUUAGGAAACACAGAUGGAAGAGGCGCUGGAGUCUCAUGUUUGCUGAGGCUAUGCUGACACUGGUGUCCCUGUGUCAAUCGGUGGUGUACUUUGGGUACAGACUCCUUUCGCCUUUCAACUUGCCCUUCUUGCCCCGCUGGACCGAGCCCACGCCCUGUACGCCUCCUCGUGACAGUUGGGAGGGAGAUCUAACACUUUCCCUCACUACUGUCCACGCUGACCCCUGCAGUCCACAGAAUGAUUCAGCGGUUUUUCAGGACACAGAUCCAGAACUUUCUCCCACCUUUUCACGCAGGGUCACAUCCAGACUCUCCCUGGAAAGCACGUCCACGCCCCUCUCGGGCUCGCCACAUAAACACGGGAGUGUCGUCAGCACACCCACUCACUCGACUAUUGGGGACUGGUCCUGUAAUUUGGGUCUGACCCCAUCCAGCAUCCAUUCGUCCAACAAGAGCCCGCUUCACGGAGAGCGCCGCAGGAGUCCAUCGUCCACCAAGUCCACAAGGCUCUGCGGUCAGAACUGGAUCCGGGCAGACGCCUCACCCCGAUCCAGCUUGGAGCCAAAGAACUUGCUUUCUCUGUUUGAGGAAAUCACAGCCGAAUAAAUCCAUGUGUUGAAAAAAAAAAAAGCUAUUUUACACUAAUAUAAGAAGUAUUUUUUUCUGCUACAACUGCCAGAUGAUGUCAAGUUAUUUGCUUUGUACAUAGUUUGUUUACUGCUUAUUUUUUGUAAUAGUGUUGCCACUGCUUGUUUUAAUAUGUAUUUAAAAAACGUGAAUUCUGAGUCCAGGUUUGACCAUGCAAUCAAACCUUGCAGUUGCUGUUUGAUGUUAAAUGAGCAUGGCGUGAUUUGUUCUGGAAUGGUUUGCAUUAACCCAGAGAGAAUAAAAGCAUAAAUUUGGAGGUGAAAUUAAA